AUGUUUUGGCGGGUUAUUGAAGACAUUUUCAGACAUCCAAUCCCUUCUUCUUCUAUUCAAUGGAGCAGUGAGAAAUUGAGAAAUCCCCAAUCCCUAUACCCCAGAAAGCUAGCUAGGCUGAGAGAAAGAGAAGCAAUAAUUUUUCUUUGAAAUUGAAGUGUUUCUUCUAUCUAAGAACUAAUGGAGGGAGAUGAAAUAGGCAUUGUAUUAGGUAGAGCUUCUGAACUUAGGUUGAAGAUAAGAAAAUGUGUGAAUAAUGCCAUAACGAGGCGAACUAACAACAACCAAGAAGAAAUAGAAGAUAAUCUUGGUGGUGGUGGAUUUGCUGGAACAGAGAGCCUUCUCAACAUUACUGAUGCCCUAGAAUCACUUGAGGAACAGCUUACUUCCUUUCAGGCGCUGCAGCAACAACAAAGGUACGAGAAGGAAGCAGCUCUAGCUCAGAUUGAUCACAGCCGUGAAAUUUUACUUAACAAGCUCAAUGAGUACAAAGGGGAUGACUCGGAAGUGAUACGUGAGAUUACUUCCUUUGCUAGUGAAACAGUUGAGCACAAUGCAGAUCUUGUACAUCCUCCAUACGGUAGCCGCAUUCCCCACACCCUGAGCUUGGGUAAUGGUUAUCCUUCAAAUGUUCCUGCUACGCGUACAAACGGCCUAAAUGGAGUUACCAGCAUUAACGCAAUCCACCGGACUAAGAAGCCGAAUAAGUUAGAGAAAAAGCAAAGCCAAUCCUCAGUUAAAAACUCACCAACAGGUCUGAGACUUAUGUUCAAUAUGGCAGUAAAGACAGUGCUCACUCUCGUAAGUGUUGCAUCUGUUUUAACCUUUGCUGGUUUUGAGCCAAGUAUCAGGAAAAGGAACACAGUGCACAAGGUUCUGUAUUCCUCACAAAAUUCAGCAGCAGAGGAGGAGAAGACAAAACCUACAGGUCAUUGCCCACCUGGGAAAGUCAUGGUAAUGGAAAAUGGAAAACCUCGAUGCAUCGUGAAAGAGAGGGUUGAGAUACCCUUCGAACCGGUUGUUACAAUGCCAAACGUCAAUUAUGGGUGUGGAUAAACAAAUGGAUGAAGCACAGACACCCAUUAGAGAGAAAAUGGUGAAAGUUUGAUUGGAGAGAGGGAGAUGAAAAUUCUGAUGCUUUGUUCUGCAAUGUAGUUGAUUGGGUGCGGCAAAUGUUGUGAUGCUUCUUAAAUAUAUAUAAGCCUGGAGAAAGAAAGUACUCGUCUAGGUCAACAGUCAAGGUCAAGACAAAAAUGUCUUUAGAAAUUGGUGUGGAAAUGAAAUCCCCUCAAUGUUACUGAUAAUCAAAUCAACAAAGUAUAAAGUGCCAAAGGGUUUCCUUUAGGCCAAGAGAAAAAUGACUCUGGGAAGUUUACUGAAUAUGGGUAUUUGGUUGGACCCAUUAGGUCUCUGAUGAGUGAAAUGGGUGAUGCAUUUUCAUUCUUUUAUUAACGUGUAAACUCGACUUUUCUCUCGCAAGUCUUCUAUUCUUUCUUUUUGCCAUGA